AUGAGAGAUACUGUCGCGGUUCGCCGUUUGUGCUCCAUUCCUAAAUUAGCCUCCGUAGCGUGCAGUCUCUCGUGGAAAUUGGAAAAAACUCUUCCGUUAAUCAGAGAAAAGAAAAUAAAAUUUAAGGAAAUAAUGGCUAUAAACAAAUAUUUCUUCACCAUGGAUGAGAUAGACUUAAUACCAAACAAAUUUGGCAAUUUCAAUGACGUAGUGCCGUUAUGGAGUUGUGGAAAGGAUACACAAAAGUAUUUUGAGUUUGAAAUCCGGGGAUCAGAGGAAAAAAGUUGCGCUGGGAUCCAAACAACCAGUUGCUACAUCUGUGAUAUUGAGGUGCCAAAAAUGUUUCUAAUUGAACAUAGAAAUAGUAGGAAACACUUAAUUAACAAAAGCGUUGCAGACACUGCCUUAAGUAGAAUAAGCAAAGACUCCAUUGAUGAUUUCAGUGUUGUUAAAAACAUAGACAAUACAAAUAACUACUUUUGUCCAGAGUGUGUAGCUGUUGUCAACGUCGAAGAAAGGCAUUCUCACGAGAACCAACAAUCACAUAAACACUCUGUUCUAUAUAAUAAUAUGAUGGAACACUUCCAUAGUGUAUAUAUAAAUGAAGUUGAUACUUCAAAUAGCAAAUUUGAUAGCUCCAUUUGCUCUGAGAGCAACAAUAACACAAGACAUUGUGAAGAAAUAUUAACAAGCAAAAGUGGAGUAUUCCCAGAAUCAUCAUCACCAGAUGGGGAAAUAGAGUAUGAAUUAGAGAGACCCAGCCGCAGCACUGGAGUUGUAUUUUGUAUGGAGGAUGAUUUAAUUCACUGUACAGUUUGCAAUACCAAAUUUGACAUACAUAGCUAUAAUGUUCACAAAACGGGUAAACGUCACAUUAUGAACAAAGUCUCCAACGUGCACUAUAUGAUGAGAGAAUUUGGUGAUGAUUUGCAAUGUAUAACAUGUAAAGUGACAGUUGAAAAUAGCUUUGAGUCAGUCAGUGCACAUUGCAAUGGCGCUGACCAUCUCGCAUCAUACUGUAAGGCUCUUAAAGAGAAUUCUGUUAUUAACAGAAAAGGAAGACUGUAUUGCAAGAUCUGCGCUAAGAAUAUUCACAAAAGGAAUGAACUUAUACACAUUUACCAAUCAUUCCACCAAGAAAAUUAUGCCAACUACAAACAAGUUGAUGAUAAAAAUGAUAUGACAACUGAUUCUGGUAACAAAGUGGUUUAUAUUUGUCCAAUCUGUGAUGUUAAAGUUCCUAACAACAUUGAUAAUAUUAAAAUUCACAAUGAUGGUCGACCACAUAAGAGUAAUCUUCUAUUCAGAGAUCAAAAAACUGACUCCCAGAUGGAAUACAUAGGAGAUAGUGCUAUUAGUGACAUUGAUCUCCAAGAACAAGACAAGAAGAGCUCCAUGGAAGACAAUGAUAUAAUAGUAAAGAAAAAAAGAACGAGAGGGCGGAGAAACAAAAAAAAUAUAACAAAAGCCUUACCAAAUGAUCUAACAAGUUGUACUACAAACUCGAGCAAGACUGCAUUGAUAGAAGUCGGAGACUCAGUUGUGGAAACUUCAAUUCCGGAAACAGAAGUAACUUUAAAUGUGAAGUCUUCAAUUUUGACCCCUGAGCUAUUAAACUACGAGGACACACAAAAAGUUUAUGAUGUACAUCCAAAACUUUCAACUGCAACAUUGGAAUCUGCCAAUUCAAUUCAAGAACCCUUAAUUCAGUCUUCAGGAUCUAAAAUUGUAAUUCCAGAAUAUUUAAAUGUAAAGAAAGAGCUAUUAACUCCAAUAUCACAGUUUUCAAAUCAGGUUCCAUUGAAUCCGUCUGCAGAAAGUUUAAAUUUGUCAUCAGAACUAAUACAACCAUUGAAACUGCGGACUCAAUAA